AUGUCGAUAGCAAGACGGAAUUCUGAACAAAUUGAUGAGAAAAUGUCCGAAACUCGAAGUGAAAAGCAGGAAAAGGUGAUUCUGAGCACAAAAGAUGAUGAAAAGUCAAAAGAUUAUGCAGAAAAAACAGAAUAACGAAGAACAUCUGAAGAAAUUGGACCCGGACAAGUUCGUUGAAUCGUAUGGAACCUAUGGCAGAUAUCAGAUUAUUACGUACAUUCUCGUGCAGACGCUCAACUUUUUCUAUUCUUCCUCUAUGUACGUCAUGAGUUUCGUGCAACUGAAUCUGGUGAAAACUUGCAAAUAUGGAAAUGAAGUGAGGAUUCGAGAAUAAGCAAAACUGGAGCGGAAGAUGCAGUUCAGACAGUUCCGAUAAGUCGGACGUGUGAGAUUGAGACGAAAGAAAUGCGUAAAGAGUAUAGUUUCAUGAACGGAAACACGUGCGGAACAAUAGGAAACACUGAGCUUAUGUAGGUGCAAAAAGGUCUAAAAGGAAAGUGAAGUGGGAAACUUUCAAAAUUUAGAAUAGAGAACCACAGCGCGAAGACGAACCUUCUCGUGGAAUUCGAUCUCUCGUGCUCUCAUUGGUUUUUUCAAGAAUUCGGACUGACAACAUUCACUGUCGGGGCGGUGUUCGCCGUGCCAGUCAUGUCCUUUCUGGCCGAUCGGUAUGGUCGGAAGCCGAUCAUCGUGGCAUCUGCCGUCAUGGCGUUUCUAGCCAACGUCACCGCCUCUUUCAGUCCAAACUACGCAGUGUUCCUCGUGCUCCGAGCAAUCGUCGGAGCAUCCAGUGAUGUGAGAUUCCACCCGAAUCAUUUUCUCUCAUUUUCGAUUCAAUUUCAGACGUAUCUGUCUGUUGGAAGUGUCGCCACAUGUGAAUACAUUUCGGAAAAGGCCAGGGCCUGGAUUACCGUAGUCUACAACGUGGCAUGGUCCCUCGGAAUGGUGUGGACUUUGAUGGUCACUUUUAUGACGGAAGACUGGCACUGGAGGUACUUCAUAGUCGUGUUCCCAGGCAUUUACGCCUUCGUUCUCUGGUAUUUUCUUCCCGAAUCGCCGCACUGGUUGAUUGUGAAGAACAAGACGAAAAAGCUGAAAAAGUAUAUAAAAACUGCGAACAAGUGAGCUGAAAAAAUGACGGUUGUACGGCACAGAAUAUGCACUUUUAAAGGGUGAACAAUCAUGAUCCGGACUUUUCCGAAUGCCAGUCGGAGACCCAUCACAUUGAGAAGCACGAAUCUCUCAAAGCUCUCUGUGGCAGUUCCAAACUAUUGUGGAUUCUUUUCGCCAAUGGGUUCAUAGAGUGAGUGAUCGAAUUGACAUUAUUAAAGGUGCUCUGGACUUGUCAGAAUGGUGAUCUCCCUCGUUUACUUCGCCAUCUCUUUCCUUUCGGUUGAACUCGGGGACGACCACGUGAAAGCCUUCCUUUACUCUUCCAUCGUCGAGAUUCCAGGUCUCCCUCCUCUUCUAACAUUUCAUCUCGGUUCUCUUUUUGCAGCUGGUCUGUCCGUUCUCCCUCUUAUGAUGAAGUUUGGCCGGAGGACAAUAGUCAUCUGGUGUCUGUGUCUGCAGACUCUCGCUCUCAUCGGAGUCACCGCCUUCCUCGACAUUUACUCUCUCAAACUGACUAUGAUGCUCGUGGCAAAAGUGAUGGCGACGUGCGUUAGCUGCUCCAGAUGACCGACAGCCAACAGAUUGUUCCAGAGUAAUUUACUCGGUGCAUCCGAUUUGGGCGACCGAGCAGUUCCCAACUUCAGUGCGAUCUCUCUGUUUCUCGUUGAUGAACAUUCCACAGAGCAUGGGAAUCAUCAUGUCACCGUAUCUGAAACAUAUUGUGAGCUCACUCGCCCCUCCCUUGUCAGCAUUUUAUUUCAGCAACUCUCCCCUUCUUGGCUUCCAUUUCUCAUUAUCGGAUUCUUCAGUUUCAUUUCUGCUACUCUAGGUUUCAUGCUGAACGAGACAAAAGUUAGUAUGACAUGAUGUCUUGAAAGUGUACUUUUCCUUCCAGAAUACCAAAUUGCCAGUUGACGUGGAGAGCCUCUCGAACCCCACGGAAACCGCGGAAAUGUCGCUGAUGUCCUAUCUGAGCCCAGAUUCUUCGAGCACUUCCAGCAAAUCCUCCUCAAGUUCAUUAGCAAGCACUUCUGCGAAACGUCAAGUGAACAAACCAUCCAAGGAGUAAGUAUUAAGAAUUCACACUUUCGGUUUCAUCCUCCAAAUGUUCAGGUUCGGAGCGAUCAUAUUCUCGGAUGUCAGCCAAUGA